UGUUGGCCUAUUUCCCCAAUGAACGGCCUUGGCUUUUCCUUUAUCACAACUCUCUAAACUUUCUUCUUUCCCUCUUCUUAUUUCUCCCAAUCCCUCUUUCCACUCCAAUACUCUCCCUCUCUCUAUCUAGUCUGCUAUUUCAACUCUUAGAACACAAAGAAUAUCUCAUGAAAUGGCUAUUAAUAGUCCACUAACGUGCGAGUCACCCAUGUCCGAAUCUAAAAACAUACGGAACGAUGAUUUGCAAAAGAAGUCAUUAGUGUUCGAUGCCUUGGUUAUACAACACGAGUCCAAUAUACCUUCACAAUUCAUAUGGCCGGACCACGAAAAGCCUUGUGCGAACCCACCGGAACUUCAUGUUCCACUAGUCGACUUGGGCGGCUUCCUCUCUGGGGACGCCACGGCUGCCGCGGAAGCAUCCAAACUGGUUGGGGAAGCAUGUCGUGAGCACGGUUUCUUUCUAGUAGCAAAUCACGGUGUCGAUGCCAAACUCAUAUCGGAUGCUCAUUUUUACAUGGACCAAUUCUUUGAGCAACCUCUUCAUGAGAAGCAAAAAGCUCAGAGAAAUUUUGGUGAACAUUGUGGCUAUGCUAGCAGUUUCACGGGGAGAUUCUCCUCCAAACUACCUUGGAAGGAAACACUUUCUUUUCGAUACUCUGCAGAAAAAGGCUCAUCCCACGUCGUCCAAGAGUAUUUUAACAAGACACUAGGCGAAGAUUUCGCGCAUUUAGGGAAAGUUUACCAAGAAUAUUGCAAUGCUAUGAGCAAAGUAUCUCUUGGGAUCAUGGAACUUUUGGGGAUGAGCCUUGGUGUGAGCCGAAGCCAUUUUAAGGAGUUUUUUGAGGAAAAUGAAUCGAUAAUGAGAUUGAACUAUUAUCCACCGUGCCAAAAACCAGACCUUACCUUAGGCACAGGACCUCAUUGUGAUCCCACAUCCUUAACCAUCCUCCAUCAAGACGCGGUGGGUGGCCUUCAAGUUUUCGUCGAAAACGAAUGGCGUUUCAUCGCUCCAAACUUCAAUGCUUUCGUUGUCAACAUAGGAGACACCUUCAUGGCUCUAUCAAAUGGAAGAUACAAAAGUUGCUUGCACAGAGCAGUGGUAAACAACAAAAUUCCUAGGAAAUCGCUUGCUUUCUUUCUUUGUCCCAAGAAGGAUAAGGUGGUGAGCCCACCAACUGAAUUGGUGGACUCCAAUAACCCUAGAAUAUAUCCAGAUUUCACAUGGCCAGCCCUCCUCGAGUUUACACAGAAGCAUUACAGAGCUGACAUGAAUACCCUCCAAACUUUCUCAAACUGGCUUCAACUGAAAACAUCUGAAAGUAUAGUGUCUUAAAUUAACCGGUUUCCGAUGUCGUCCCAUGUUGCCCUAAUUUUCCCUCUCCAAAGGAAAAAAAAAUAAAAAAUAAAAAAAAUUACUGGGUGAGGAAGGUAAUGGAGGAUCGAAAAUGGAUUUAGGAGAAAAAUUAAGGUGACUACUUAUGCUUACUUUCUCUUGAUCAAUCUGUUAAAGCAAACUUAUAGAUUAUAGGUUUAUGAUGAAUAAAAUAAUAGUUUUUUACUUUUUACUUA